UUAUGUGCAUGCUGCAAUAGUGAGUUGACCGAUGAGUAGACGUUGUUUUCGUAAAAUUCCAAACGACAAAAUCCACUUCAGUCUUGUUCGGCUUUUCAAUCGAAUAUUGUGGUCAUGAUUUUCAGUACGUGAUUAAACACUAAACGCUGUGUUGAGGAUUUGUGCCAUGGAUACGUCAAAUCGAGACGACAUGGAUUUAGAACUCAACUUCCCAUCGGAUUUAGGAGAGCUGUUCCCUCACGAGGAUUCUGAACUUAUAGACUUGGCAGGAGAAGAUUUGUUUUCAUCCUUUGGGCCCGUUUCCCCAUUGGGUGACAACUUUCACCAGGUGAAACCUACCCUAAUCCAACCUGUUGUUGCACCCCAAAAUCCUAUCAUUCCAAUUCCAGUUGUGGAACCAAAACCAAUUCAGCAAAGGUUGCUCCAGACCGUUCCAGUGGCCAAAAUAGUUCCAGCGAUUUCACCACAAACUGCAUCAAAGGCAACGCCUGUCCAGGCAAAAACUACUCCCCAACAUAUCCAACCAGCACAGCCUGUGCUAGUGAACAAAGCCAACCAACAAGGCAGUGUAGGGACCCCCAUUAGAGUUGACUCUUCAUCUUUGGGUGUUCUGAUAUUGGGCAAUACUUUUGGCUACAACAGUGUGGUCACCGUACAACCAAAUGGAGGGCUUGUCAAUGUUAGUCCUUCUGUUUUGGGAUCAACAAACAUGUUCAAUGGAAAUUCCAACCCCCCAAGCCCAUCUGACAGACCUCCUGUUAUCAAGAAAAGCUCACACAAUGCCAUUGAAAGGAGAUAUCGAAAUAGCAUCAAUGACAAGAUUCUUGAGCUGAAAAAUCUCAUAGCAGGAGAAGAAGCCAAAAUGAGCAAAUCGGCUAUCUUGAGGAAGGCUCUAGAAUAUGUACGUUACCUUCAACAAAUGAACCAAAAAUUAAUCAAGGAAAAUAUGGCGUUAAAGAUGGCUUCGCAAAAGCAAACUGUCAACGGGUUAUUGACAGCCUCAAUGGAUAGUCCUUCGUCAGAUAUUACACCUCCGGGAUCUCUGGAAAAUUCAACGUUGGCCGAAUCGCCACCUAGCAGCUUUGGUAGCGGAUCUCCUCUUACCUAUGCGGCCUCGUCUGAUGAUGAGUUUACCAUCGAUGGAAGCAUGGUGUCACCUGGCAACGUUAUUGCUCGAUCAAUGCUGGACCGUUCGCGCAUUGCUCUCUGUAUGAUGAUGUUGACCGUAUUCGCAUUCAACCCAUUCGGCAACCUCUUAUCGCACGCUGACUCGGCCGUUUCCCAUUACACUAAACCGUCUGGCCGUGCCAUUCUUGAAGCUGAUGCUCUUGAUAUUGUAGAGGAUUCCGGCUGGUACCUCUCUUUUGCAGCUGUGAGCAUCAACAUAUUUGUUUUUCUUAUUGUCCUUCUCCGCACUCUAGUUCACGGAGAGCCGUGCAUAGAGCGCCAGAGUAAAUCAGCAUCGCUCUACUGGAGACAGAGGAAACAAGCCGAUUACGACAUGAACAACGGAAAUUACGUUACAGCAGCUACGCACUACCGUCAAGCCCUUUGCGCCUUAGGUCGAACAGUACCCGUUUCGAAAAUUGAUGUCGUGGCCAGUGUCGGAUGGAACUGUUGGCGCCAGCUAUUGCAUCGCUUCGGAUUGACCCGCUUUUUGAGUGGCCGGGUGGGCAAACUUUUCCUCAAUCGGGACGAGCGACGAGUAGCCCGCGAGUUUUUAGCCGAGGCUGCUCUUUGUUUUCACAAACUGCACCAGCUGCAUCUUAGUCAGCAAGACGUCGUUGAUCCCAAUAGUCACUACUGGUUCGAACGCUAUCGAGGUUUGGCUCUGGCUCUAUCGGCUACAAAUCUUGGUGAAGCUGCUGGCCCGGCUUUAAGCGCCAUGUCGAAGGCGGAUAUCUACAUUCAUCUGGCACUCCGCACCAAACACUCGUUUAGUGGACGUGGUUUCUUAUGCGCUCGCUUCUACUUGGCCCGCGCUCGUCAAAUUUGCCAGGCUCUCAAUGGAAACGCUCCUCCACGCUUACAGUGGCUUUGCAGCCCGGCCGGCUAUCGUUUUUUCCUCAGUCAUCACUGGGAAUAUGACGAUUGUCCUUCUACUUUGUUUACGUCAUUGAGCAACAAGUCAGAUCCAUUGGCUUUCACCAUGCAGGUCUAUCGUCAGCACGUUCUACAAAAAGCGCUAUUGACUCUAGUUUCGCCCGGUCGGCGUGUCGGUGACGCUUGCGAUGUGGAACCUUCACGUCGGGCUCAAACCGGCGAUGCGUUGAGCUACUCCCAACAGCUGAUGGAGAAUGCAACAGCCGCAGUCUCGCCCAGCAACGACUCGUCACUUUUGCCGCCUUCCACCAUUCAAGGUCUGGGUGUCGGUGACGAGGUAGCCGGAUGGUGGGCCGCCAUAGUGGCUGUUGCCUCCUAUUGGCUCCUUUGCGAAGAGGACAAGGCAGAGCAAUUGCACGCUCGCGUAGAAGCUUAUCCUAAGCUGACGCAAGGAGACCCACUACUGGACGCAGUUUUGGGAGCCUACAGGGCGCGGCGGUUGUUGCUACGCGGCGCUGACCCCGCAUCCAUUAUUCAGCAAUGCUCUCUGGCUGGCUGUCGCCUGAAAGAGUCUCUCCAAGUUUCGCUUCACAAGAGCCCACAACUAAUGGUUCAGGCUGCACAAUUACUGGUCAGCGAUUGGCUGUUGGAGACUCGCACAGCGCUAUGGGAAAACGAUUUUGAAAGGAACAACAUGGACGUCAAUUACGUAGCGGAACCCACUGUCUUGUUAGGAUUCCAAGAAGAUUUGUCUAGUUUGAAAAAACUAGUUCAACAUUUGCCCAGUACUCUUCCGAGAGUAUUCUUGCAUGAAGCAACGUUGAGGAUGAUGGCUGGUGCAGCGCCUGAUCGAACACAACAGUUAUUGGAUCGUACGCUGCGCUAUCGGCAGAACAAACAGUCUGUCAUUUGUGGUAGCAAAGGUAAAAAUGCGUUCUUGGACGCCGGCGAACGAGAACACGCAACAGCGCUGUAUAUGGCCUGUCGCCAUUUACCUGCGCCGUUACUCUCAUCACCAGGUGAAAGAGCUGGCAUGUUGAUUGAAGCGGCACGAACGUUGGAACGCAUUGGCGAUAAGAAACGGUUACAGGAUUGUUAUAGCUUAAUGAAAGCAAUCGGUACAUCCAUUUCGACUUGACAUUAAUUCCAUGUUUAAUCACCGAAUCGUUUUUUUUUUUGCGUUUGUGUUCACCUGAUGUCAUCACUCAUUUUUACAAAAACUACAUUAUCGAUGGAUAGAAUGUAAAUCGUACGAUGAAAUACCUGUUAAUUAAAAUAAAACCAAACCUCUCUAUGUAAAUGCAC